CAGCAUGCGCUUGAGCAGCAUACGAUAAACGAAACAGAAGUACGUAGUUGCCUUAGUUAAGUACCUUACUGACGACUUUCAGUUCGAGUCAGAAUCAGAUAGGUGCUAGUAACGAAAAUGUGUUGGAGAAAAAAAUUAGCCUGUUGCAAAUGUGUAGAAGUAGUUCGAUUGAGAUUCUUCAAUAGUGUAUUCGUAUUCGAGGCAUGAGUUUGUGUUGUAUUCGAGGCACCAUGAGAAUUUGAAUUAUAGUGGCAUCGUUCUUGAACAGUAAAAGACUUGAAGUAAGGCUAACAGAUGCAAUUGCAAAGUAGGUUCCAACAUAAGACGAAACACAUAUGCACCUCAGUUUCUGUCAUUUAUAGCGGCGUGUCAGUAGCAUUUUUUGUCCCCAAGUGAUGACGUCAGUGACGUUUAGUCUACGGUUGACUUUUUUAUCAGUUUCCUAGAUAGAUUUAGGUGGUUGCCAGAUCGUCAUCAGCGAGUGUUAGGUUCUAGUUUAUUUGCAGCGUUGCAUGUUGCGGUAUAUUUCUUGACUGAUUUAUUUGAGAAAGGUUGUAACAGUAACCUUACUCGUUUCGCUUUCCUUCUUUUAACAGUUGUUUCCAGAAGAUGGCAUAGAACAAGUUCGCCACGAUUUUUACCUACAAGUAGCAGGUGUACGAUUCAGAUCAUGCUUCAGACGAUCAUGCGACCAAGCAAUGUCCCCAAGUUGUACUAGGUGGGAACCAGAAAGUACGAGAUGGACGUUCCUCAUACGGCUGAUAGAUGUUAAACACAUUAAUGUUGCAUAUUCACGCAUCGGUCAAU